GGUAAAAAAAAAAGUUUGUGAAAGUGACGUCACGCUCCCACAAUGCUUACCGCCCCAUAACUCUGAGAGAGAGAGAGAGAGAGACACACACACACACACACACAGAGUCACUCACUCACUCUCUCUCAGGCCGCGAAUAUAGAAAAAUAAUUGAGGAAAGAGAGAAAAAAAUCGUCAGAAAAAUCGUAAAAAGGACAGAUAUCGCGCAGAGGACGGCGCGUGCACGGCGGCGUGGACUCGCUCUCCCACGGCGGCUUGUUCUGGUCCAGACCGGGGAUGGAAGGUUACCGGGACUCCAUGUGAAACUCACUAAUGCGGUGCUGGAAACUUUUAGAACAGUAAAGAUGCAGAGCAGUAUUUCCCACUCACCGCCAACCAUAGCUGUUGGGACUGGGUGAGGAGGAGAGAACCGGAGAGAGAGAAGGAAAGGAGAGGCUGAAGAGAGAGAGAAGGAAAGGAGAGGCUGAAGAGAGAGAGACAGAAAGUGCAGAGACAAAAGAAGGACGAAGGGAAGAGUUUUAAAAGAUUUCCUGCUGAACCAUUGGAUCGGCCUGUGAAAGUCCCCUGUUGUCAAACACCCUGAAACUGUCCACGUUGAGCAGGCGAGGCAAGUGAGGGGGGGGGGCAACAAGUAAGAUUUAAUGGCAGCGGCACUCUAGGGCUGCCAUGGCAGCUGCUGCCGCUGAUGCCUCACACCGUUUUACCGCACUGACGCCGGAGGAAGAGGGACGACGGACUGCCGCCAAGCUGUUUGGGAGCGCUGUCCAGCUGCCACGGACGGAGAGAGAGCGAGACAGGGCGAAAGAGAGAGACAGGGACGGGCAGGGGGACGAGGUCGGCAGCGAGUGUUUGGUGUGCGGGGCUCUGUUCGCCUCGCAGGAGAAGCUGCAGGUCCACGCCCUGAGUCACACCGGAGAGAAACCCUUCCACUGCUCACAUCCACACUGUCUCAAGGCCUUCAGCUCCAAAUACAAACUGUUCAGGCAUAUGGCCACGCAUUCUCCACAGAAGACCCAUCAGUGCUCAUUCUGUGAGAAAAUGUUCCACCGCAAAGACCACCUGAAAAACCACCUGCAGACCCAUGACCCUAACAAGGAGGCCUUCAAGUGUGAGGAGUGUGGGAAACACUACAACACCAAGCUGGGUUACAAGCGCCACAUGGCCAUGCACUCCGCUACGGCGGGGGAUCUCACCUGUAAAGUCUGCAUGCAGAGCUACGAGAGUACGCCGGUUCUCCUGGAGCACCUCAAGAGCCACUCUGGGAAAUCUUCAGGAGGCACCAAGGAGAAGAAACACCCGUGUGACCACUGUGACCGUCGUUUCUACACCAGGAAGGAUGUGAGACGGCACAUGGUGGUCCACACGGGCCGGAAGGACUUCCUGUGCCAGUACUGUGCUCAGCGCUUUGGCCGGAAGGACCACCUGACGCGCCACGUGAAGAAGAGCCACUCGCAGGAGCUGCUGAAGAUCAAGACGGAGCCACCAGACAUGUUAGGUCUUUUAGCUUCUGGGUCACCACCCUGCUCUGUGAAGGAGGAGCACAGUCCCAUGAUGUGUGGCAUGGGUCCCAACAAAGAUCCCAUGAUUGGCAAACCGUUCCCAAGUGGAGCUCCCUUUCCAAUGGGCAUGUACAACCCCCACCAUCUCCAGGCGAUGUCCAACACUGGGGUGGGUCACCCACACCCGUCCCUGAUGCCCAGCCCCUUGUCUGCAGCUAUGGGCAUGGGCUGUCACAUGGAAUCCCCUGGAUCUCUUCAUCCACACUCCCACCACCACCACCACCAUCACCACCAUCAUCAUCAUCACCAUUCCCCUCCACUGCCCCCCCACCACCAGUCUCCGGGUCCCCAGCAGCAGCACCAGCCCCAGCCAGCCCACAAAUACCAGCUGGGAUCUACCUCAUACCUGCUGGACAAGCCCUUGAAAAUGGAGAUGGAGAGCUUCCUCAUGGAUCUGCAGAGUGGCUUGCCAGGUCCAGUUCCCUCUAUAGAGCCCCACGCUGCUGCCUCGCCCCCCAAGGAUGGACUGGAGCCCACCUCGGGCCUGACAGACGAGCUUUGCGGGGAUCCCCUCCUGUCCAAGAGUCCCGUGGUGAUCGCAGAGUCUCUGUGUGCUGCUAACAUGGACUUCUCCCACUUGCUGGGGUUCCUGCCCCUCAACCUGCCCCCCUACAGUGCCCCCAUGAGCACAGGAGGGCUGGUGAUGGGCUACACCUCAUCUGCGACCUCCUCCUCCUCGUCCUCUUCCUCCUCCUCAUCUCUGCAUGCUGUCGAGCCCCACGCCGCAGCAGCUGCUGUACCUCUUACCUCUUUGCAACCGCAACCUCAGGAGCAGCAGAGCUCCGGCGGGGGUCUGGGCCUCGGAUCCUUGCACCCACUUGCCCCAGUGUUCAGCUCCAGCCUUAGUACCACCACACUGCCUCGCUUCCACCAGGCCUUCCAGUGAAAGAGAGCGCGGCGCUGCCCAGGCCAGGACGGUCUGCCACGACAGCCUCAGCUCCGCUCAGACUGGCUUUUUCAGGCGUUGGCUCUUCACAGAGCCUCAUUAAAAAGUAGGAGAAUUCAAAUAAAAAUAAAAACACACACACACACACACACAAACACACACAUACACGCGAGCACAGAAGCCUUUAAUGAAAGUCCACAAAAGCUUUUGAUUGAGGAAGUUAAACCCCUUAAAGCAAAAAAAGGAAAAUGUAAGAAACGAAGAUGAUGCAGCUUUUAUUUGGGCUCCACCCCCCCCCCCCCCACAUCCCAUAGUUAUAACGAUAUAUUAACCCUUCUUUAAAAAAAAAUCCAUUUACUUCCCCAUCUAUCCCUCUUUAACCCCGUAUUUAGUUCUAUAGAGGGCAGCAUCAGUAGGCCAAAAGGCGUGGUACUGCAUACUUUAUAAUAUAAGAAAAAAAAAGUCAAAGACAAUUUUUUUUUUUAAGUAAAGAUUGUCUGUCUUGUUGUGACCCAGAAAAAAAUAUAGUUUGAAGUGGAUAUUUUUGUUUUACUAUACUAUUAUUUCCUCUUUUUUUUCCCCCAAAUUUAAGAACAUGGUAGAAUGUGUCUCAUCUUGAGUUUGGAACCAGCCACUCUAAUCUAAUAACCCCAACAACUGUCAUACAGAAAAGAAGGAAAGACGAGAGAUUAGAGAUUAAGUCAAGAAUUGAGAAGCGUAGCUCUAAAAAUAAUCCUCCAGGCGCGAGAGCAACACAAGUGAGCUGUGCCUCUAAAGAAGUGCUCGUCACACAAGAACCACAACUCAGUUCAGUGGAAAUCCCAAUUAUUUUCCUUUAGCUGUUGCUGCUAUGCUCCUAGAGUCGGCUCAGUCUCAGUGGAAAUAGAAUAAACUAACAUUUUGCCAAACGUAAAAACCAGUCGCACACAUUUUUAAAAGAAAAAGAAAGAAAUGUGAAAGUGUGUGAGUUGGUUGACGACGAUGUAUCUUUAGAAAGACUUUAAAUACUUGUUUUCCUCAAAAGAAGCACUUUUUUCUUCUAGCAGAAGGCACUUCACCUUUAGGAAUCUCAUCGUGAAAAGUUUCUAACAUCACCCACAAUCUGCCCGCCUACCACCCGUCUACCACCCGUCUACCACCCGUCUACCACCCGUCUAUCACCCGUCUACCACCCGUCUACCACCCGUCUAUCACCCGUCUAUCACCCGUCUUCCCUUUAACACUUAAUCUUCACUUACUUCCGCAGUGCAGCCGUCACUCAGCGGCCGCUCGUCUAAAAACAGGCUUUAUUUUUGAAAAUAAACACAUUCAUUAUGAAAAAAAAGAAAAGAAAAAAAAGAUCACGGUAAUGGUGAACCCUGACAUAUGUGAAUGAGGCAAGAGCGAGAAUUACAGUGACGGAAAUGAGGAAAAAAAAGACUAAAUGUGUUACAGAAUGUUAUUGCAGUGUACGAAAAUAUCUCAAAAAUGAAUAUUAUAAUUGCUUUUAUCUCAGUAAGGUGUAUUUUAGGUAGACGUAUUAAAACUAAGUGAUGAUGUGUUUUUUUUCAUGAUGUCUGGCAGGUUUACAUUUGUGUGUAUCUUGCAAUUUUUUGUUUUGUUUCUUUUGAUCAAAUGGAUGAAGUAUUAGCUUUUUCCCUUAAGCUUUCUCUGUCAUAUCCAACCCUUUUACCUUUACAUGUACUUGAGUUAGUAUAGUGGGAUCAGAACUGUGGACGGGAAAUAUCUAUAGACGGCUGUUAGUGGCUUAAUAAUCCAGUAGGAUUUGAACUAGGAACCUUUUUUUGUUGGAUUUUGUUGUAGGGGAUGCUGACACAGACGAGCGUCAUAUGGAUUUAUGACUGUUGGUCUUUAUCCAGUUGAAUAUGUAAACCCGUGUGUGCUGUGAUGAUAAUCCCAGCUGAUUUUUGAUCACAGUUUAGAGCCUUUGUCAUAAAAAUAAUAAUAAUAAUAAUAAUAAUAAUAAUAAUGAUAAUAAUAAUUCACCACCAGCCUCUAAAAACCUGAGCCCAAAGUUAACCGAAGCCUUCAAGUGAAAUAAAUGAUCCAAUGUUCUGUCUGUGGCUCGACAAUAGACCGGGUAUAAAAAGUGGACGCAGUCAGGUUUGCAGGCUGAGUCCAACCAGGAAGAAACAGUUUAUUGAAUAUCCAUAAGGGGGCGACACUGCGGGUUGCAAAAAAGACUCAAGCCACUUGAUUUGCAACGUCAGGAAACAUUUUCCUGAGGAGUUAAUGGCCUUAAUCGUCAGUUUCAGAUCAUUUUCAAUAGAAUAUGAUGUCAAUUGUGUAUAUUAUGUUUCUAUUUAUGGCAAAUAUGAGUGUGAUUGACAGCUAGUAGUGUCCAAUAGGAGCUUGGAUCCUGGUGACGUCUGUAAUGUAAAAAAAUUGACAUUGUCCUCUGGUUUAAAAAUUUAAGCCCAAGAAGUAGGACAAAAGUAGCAAUUAGCCACCAGGGGGCGACGCCGCUGGUUGCAAAAAGCCCUUUGUUUGCAAAGAAGUGAUGAUGAGCUUCUAAUUAUUGUUUCAUUUAUCGAGUCAGUAAACUUUUUCGAGGGAAAUUUGAUCUUAAAAUGCAACACAUAUGAUUGACAGCUGGUUGCCAGUGACGUCUGUGAACUUCGGCUUUAAAAACCUCUCAUGGCGUCAGUCAAAUUACAAAUCUUUAGUUUGUUUUCCAACCGGAAAAGUCCGUCAUCUUUUUAUCUAAAGUCUGACACACGUUUAAGAAGUGAAACCCAAGAAAUAGGACAGAAGUAGUAUUUAGUCACCAGGGGGCGACUUCACUGGUUGCAAAAAUAACUUUGUUUCCAAAGAGGUCUAUGGGAAAAUGAGCUUCAUUAUCAGUUUAUAACAUUUUCCUGAGAAGUUAAUGGUCUCAGUCACUAGUUUCUUCUCUUCUUCAAACUAUAAUAGUGUAGAUUUUGUAAAUGAUGUUCCCAUAUAAAGAAAAACUAAAUAG